UGCCCAGGAAUAAUUUGCUCCCUUAUAUAGAAUGACAGCAAAACAAUAAUACUGCAUCACUUAAAUUUUCCAGAAAUAACUCUGCAGAAAUCCAUGAAAUACAAUGAGUUGGUAUGUGGAGAUUUACAUGGCACAGUCAGCGAAAUUGCAAAGCACUAUACAUUUUCCGAAGAUAACCAAUUUCUACACAUGUGUGUAUAAAAAAUAUAGUUAUGUCCUACAUUAUUAGAUAAUUCGCAUUUAUAUGUAGUGAAUCAUCAAAGUCCUACAGGUUACGUAUUAAUUAAUGAUGAUACUGAACUGUCAACAUGUGAAGUGAACUGUGAGUAAUUUAACGUUUUUUUUUGUGGUGAAGCAUUACAGUUAUUUCAGCCUCAAAACGUAAGAAAAAUUAUUGAUUUCAUUUCUGAAUAGAAUCUUUCCCUCUUGCUCUUUCAGGUGGCUGGAAAACGCUCAAUAUAUAAUGAUAUCGAUUAACAGAAUUUCUGCUUCUGACAUUUUAUCAUUUUCUUCCAUUGGAAGUGUUUACGGAAAUGACGUAACGGAUAUGUUGUAAACAUGAAUGCGCAUGUCUGGCUUCCUUGUCAACAAGUUGCUGAGCAUGUGCUCGUUUCACCAAAUUUGUAAAGUUUGUGUCUUACAACAGUUUCUGGAGAAAUAAGUCACAGGAACCAAGCCUCCAGUCAAUACUUCUGGAUAUGUCAGCUUUUCUCUCUCUUUCUGUAAGGAGUUCUAGUCACCUGUGGUGAACACCAAGGAUUAAUUGAAAUCCAAAAUCAGUCGGGACAAUUCAUGUACUGCAUGUCUUAACCCAUGGCAAGUAAACAGAAGAAAUCAAGCAUGAAGAAGGAAACGCGAUCAAAUUCUGCGAAAAUAUCAGCAUCGUUAAAAGAACAAUUAAUAAAUAAGGAAAAGUUAGAAGAAUUAACCAGCCAAAAUGAAGAUUUACAAAAGAUGAUCACAAGAUAUAAGGAGGAAAACAGUGAACUUAGAGACAAAGUGGAGUACCUUUCUAAAAGAAUUGUGGAAUACGGACAAAGCAAGGGAUAUGAGUUAUCUGAGAGUGAAAAAUCUAAGAUGCCACUGAAUGUAUCAGUAGAGAAUUUGAAUCAAAUAUUAGAUUUAAUUACAAACGGAGACAAGCGUAAAAAGAAGGGACCCGUGGAAUUGAGAGUUGAGGAGCUUGAAACAAGAAUCACUCAUCUGAAUAUGGAACUUGCCAAGAUGGUACAAUUAAGGCUGAGUCUAGAAAAUGGCUUAGAGGAUAUAGAGUUUUGUGAGACGCUUGUAGAUGCUAAAACAAAGGCUAGGUUUUUGCUAUAUGAACUCCGAGGAAAUCGUCUCUUUUCCUGUUUGGAACAAGAAGAAGAUGAGAGUUAUGAUGUAACAACAAUCCCUCCCAAUGAAGCUGACCAUCCAGUGUCAACAACAGUCCCUCCGCUGGACACACCCAGGCAGUCCCUAGUCAAAGAAUUCCAACCCGUCAGUCUGUCACCACCCCUGAAAAAGCUUGCUGGAGACACACAUAUCAAGAACAUGAACCCUGACCUCAAGAAGUAUAUCAUACAAAACCUCAGCAUGUACAAAGGAAAUGGUGCUGACUGGAGAAUGCUGGGAGAGAGGGUGGGGAUUCCUCUGGAGACCAUUCAGCAAUGGCGGCGCUGGAAGGUAGAGAAUCCGGCGGAGUAUGUGCUCCAGUCCUGGGGUCAGAGUGCGGGAGCCACCGUCCGCAUGCUUCAUCGCCAUCUCAUUUCACCACAGAUGAACUGCAUUAUUCUUGCCAAGCGCAUCAGUGACUUUUACUUGGUGGAGUAAAAGAAUAGGAUUGCCUUACUUAUCAUUGUUUAAACUGCCAUAUUUAUUUGUAUGCUCACAGACCAUGACUACUGCAACACAAUAGUGCACUAGUGAUUUUUUUUUUUUAGAAAAAUUGCAAUAC